CGUGUUCUGAAUGAUGAUGAUUGCAGUCUUGUUUUACGUUCAAAAAGAAAAACAAAUCAAUACGCUCGGAUCAGUAAACAGAUUUCAUAAUCACAAGUCGAGCUCUUAGCUGUUUUGUUUUAUCUGUACCGUGACAUCAGUGCGUUUGACGCGAAGCUCUGCGUUACCUUCUAUUAAAAAGUCUGUGAGUCACCAGGGAGCUCAAACUGCAUGAGUGACAUGUGGCCUCUGCAACUUAGUUUGGUAAAGAGUAGGCUUGGCCUUGAUCAGCUGUUGCGCGCCCACUGUAAAAGAAAAUCGUCACAUCAACAAGCCAUAUUUUUUCUUAACUUACGCCUGAACGCGUAUGUGAAUGCUAAAACAAAUUCUAAAAAGCAUAAAUAUUGCGAAUAGAAAAUCAUUGUGUUUUGUUACAGUGUUUUUGUCUUGUGAUUUUAAGAUUUGGUAUUACUACUUUAAUGGAUAUUUUUUACAGCGCGCUUUCUCCAGAUCCUCCCAGCACUUUCCGGACACUUGUUCAGUGCAGACUCAUCUGCUACGAGGUAUAAAAUCAAGCGCCAGAAGAAAUGAGAUCAGUUCAAGAAACUCGGAGACCACUUCGAAGUUUGUUUUUGGAUCAACAAAUGUCUUAUUGAGUAAUGGUGAUGUGCCUAACCCAAACAAUAUAAAGUUUUCCUCAUAGAGAGAGAGUCACUUUUUAUUUUUAUUUUUUUCAUUUUGCACCAAUACCAGAACUUCAUUACUGGAUUUGAACUCAAGUGGAUAUGGCAGAGGGAGACUUUUACACGACGGGAAACCGACAGAGGUUUCCCAGAGAUCCAUUUGGAGAAUCGCCAUUCAUUGAUCAGUCUCCAUUCAGAGACCAGUCUCCUUUCAGGGAUCAGUUAGCGUCUCGGUUUAUGGAAGAUGAAUUUGGGAUGCCACCUUUCCCCGAUGAUCUGUCGAUGGACUGGCCGGGGUGGGCUCGUCCGGGCCGGCUAAGCACGCGUCUCAGCUCCUCGCCCUUUAGCAGCAGUUUACGCACAGGUUUUCCCCCGCGUCAGACCACGGGAGGCCCCCAGCUGUAUACCAGCAGAUACGGCGAGCCCUCCUCCCGGAGUUCACCCACCACUACUUGUGGGGAACCCUGGAAAGUCUGCGUGAACGUCCACAGCUUCAAACCAGAAGAGUUGCACGUAAAAACGAGAGACGGAUUUGUAGAAGUGUCAGGAAAGCACGAAGAGAAACAGGAAGAAGGUGGAAUAGUGACAAAGAAUUUCACAAAGAAGAUACAGAUCCCCACAGACGUGGACCCCCUGACAGUCUUCGCCUCUUUGUCUCCUGAGGGCGUCCUCAUCAUCGAAGCUCGGCAGACACCUCCAUAUUACCUUUUCAGCGACGAGGGAUCCCAAGGUGGUGAAAAGCAGGAGGUGGAAGCCUCCAAGCCCCAGAUGGCUCCUAUGGUCUAAACACAUCAUUCUGGACAAUCAGUUACCAGUUUGAUGUGAAAUGUGUUGCCUCUAGCCUCAUGUUGUUUGACACCUGGAGGUAUUUGAUGUCCAGAUUAAAGUUAAACCAGGCAUUUGUUUUUUCUGUUGGAAAAUCUAUUUUUACAAGCUCAGACAAUGAUGAAAAGCGUCAUUUUCCCAUUAACAAAUAGAUGCUUAUGAAUUUUCCAGAAUAGUCCAAUAGUCCCUUUUUUUUAAGUAAUUAACAGGUGUAAUUAUGAAAUAAUUUGGCUGUUUCUUUUCAGGUAAAAAAUUUGCCCAUGGCAGAGUUUUUAAUAAAAAUUGUAGAAGGCCAAAUGUAACUGCUUUUUGAUUUCCUUUCAGUCGGGCUCAAUUCAAUUUUUAAAACUUUAGAAUCAAAGAAAAUCAUAUAAAAGUGAAGUUUUAAGUGUAGCAGCCUUUCCAGCAUAUAUUUUUGUUCUUUCGUUCGCCUUUCCUUCCUUCAGUUUCUAUAGGUUUUUUUAUUUAACAUGAUGUCAUUGAAAUUGACAAGAAAUAAAGGUAAUAUUAUAUUUCUGUGUAUCCAGAGGGUGAAUUUUCUGCAUUAAUGCACACAAUAUAUAAUAUUAUUUCACAGUGUAUUGUAAAUAUAAUAGUGCCAAUUCAUUAUAAAUCUUAAUCUGAAAUGUUCUGCAUUUUGCAAUAUGGUUUGAAAUUUUCUUUUCUAUUUGAGCAUUAAGGAUGAUGGCUGCGUGAUUGUUGGAGAGGACAGACUGCCUUCUUUUCUGUUGAUGUCUUUGUAUUGACUGAUGCAAUAAACAUGUCCAGCCAAUC